AUGAAGAAAGGUGGAGAAUUAUUGAUCAACGAUAUGGAGGAGAUAAGAGAAAUAAUCAGGGGUGAUCUACAACGGAGUCCCGUAACAGGAAGACUAGAGCCUUACUACCCAAACUGGAAACGUAACUUAUUCCGAUAUUUCAUAACCACGCCAAUCAUCUGCACAUGUCUUGGACUCGUGUUCCUCUCGAUGCUUGCCAUAUUUGAGCUCCAGGAAUGGGUGAAUGGAAAAAUUGCCCAAGGGGAAUACCCCGCUUUUCUUCGUUUCAUUCCAAAGAUCUUACUCGCUGUUUCAAUUGGAAUCCAGGAUGAUAUUUAUAAGAGGAUUGCCACUUGGUUGAAUGAUUUAGAGAACUACAGAUUAGAUGAGACAUAUGAAAAUCAUCUUGUUAUCAAACUAGUUUUGUUUCAGUUUGUCAAUUCCUUCCUGUCGCUAUUCUACAUUGGGUUCUAUCUUAGAGACAUGGACCGUCUCAAGGAGCAACUGGCGACACUUCUUAUAACACGUCAAGUGAUCGGCAACAUCAACGAAGCUCUUGUUUCGUACAUAUUCUACAAAUUAAAAAUCUACAAAAUCGGCUAUGACAUGACAGCGACGAUGAUUCCAGACACAUUAGAUAAACAAAUGAAAGAAAUGACCAGCUGCAGGAGGAAGAACAGUAGAAGUAAUAGCUCAAGUGAGGAUAAAUGUAGUGAAAGUAAUUCCAGUGUAACUGAUACAUCUAUUGAGCACACUCCCCCUAAAGACAAGGAUAGUGAUUGUGAAGAUGAGAUUGAUGUUAAACAAAGUGGGCCACAGCUUAUGCAGGCCGAAGUAGAAAGUGCAAUGAAAAAGUAUGAAGAUACAUUUGAAGACUUUAUGGAGAUGUUUAUUCAGUUUGGUUACGUCGUCCUCUUCUCGUCUGCAUUCCCAUUGGCCGCUUUGUGUGCAUUGCUCAACAACAUCAUUGAGAUUCGUAGCGAUGCCUUUAAGCUUUGCAUGAACUUUCAACGUCCAUUUGGCGAGAGGGUUUCCAGUAUUGGAAUAUGGGAGGACCUGUUGGGUAUUAUGGGAGUAAUAGCAAUAGGUGUGAAUUGUUGUCUCAUUGGAAUAUCAGACCUUGUCCCCCGUAUGGUGCCACAGCUAUCUACCACUGAAGUGCUAGUGUUUAUAGUCAUUUUAGAGAAGGCAAGAUGGGAGUUCCAGCGGAGAGAGGCUCUGAAGAGGCUUGCCGCUCAGACAACCAGUCCACCCCCAUUACAGAACAAAAAUGCACCAAAUUUAAUCAAAAAUAAAUCAAACGACCCAAACACGAACAAUCAUGUCUCAAAUUCUGAAGGAAGUUCUCUCGGUGGCUCAACUAUGACUUCUCCCAUCACUCCAACGUCAAAAUCAGUCAUAGUGCCUUCACCGACUAAUCCAGCUACUUCAAAACUAGCGACAUCUAGUGGUGCAAAUGGAACAUCAAAGAUGGCGCCACAUGGUACAGUUGUGACGGCAGCGAAAACUCAUGAAGGAUCACCACUCCGACCAAAUAGUUUAUCAAAGAAUGGAAGUAGCAUAUCACCCCCUAGGGUUACAAUGGGGGUACCCCCUAAGCCCCCUCCUCGGACAUCCCUAGUAAGCACCAUCUCUAAGUAAAGCAUUUUCUAACAAACAAGCUUAGGAUGAAUUACAUCAUUGUGUCGUAAAAUGCAAAAUAUACUGAAAAAAGGAAUCAAAGAGGAAUAAACUGAAUAGACACAUAAUAAAUACUCUUAUAUAGAAAUGUAAGAAAAUCAGACACUUUAUUCAAAUUUUAGAGAGAAAUGAGAGGAAUUAGAAUAAAGUAAACCGGCAUGAAGGUAACACUCUAAAUUAUAUGAAAUUGCAAGAAAAUCAGACACUUUAUUCAAAUUUUAGAGAGAAAUUGAGUGAAAUAAGCAUGAGCAGACGGAUGGCAUCUCAAUCAGUCUGAUGUGACUCUAAGUCUUUUUGUGAGAGUCCAAGUAUUUUUAUAAUCAGAAUAAUAGGUGGUGCUGAAUUUU